AUGGCGGCUUCGCCACAGGGUGUACCACCGAUACGGCAAACACUACUCUGCAACGUGGCUAGUCACGUCUGCGAGAAGUGUGAUCUGAGCUUUCGAACGAGAGGCCAGCUCAAUAAAGCAAGAGAAAAAGCCAAAGCUAAGCAAGAAGUCAGCCAGAGUCCAGAUUGA